AUUUAUUUCAAUUAUGAAGUGCGGAACUUUCGAAGUUAUCGAGUGGUCUUGCAAAAUCGGAUGUCCAAGAGUGGCCCAAACAUGGUGUUGGAUAUUAAUUCUGUUGAUUAUUUGUUCACGACGGACUCAUUCGUGGACGUUUGAUAAUACAACGGAUCUUUUUGUCCAGAAAUGUCAAAUGCAAUGCAGUUUGCACAAAGAUUUUACAACUUGCGGGAAAUACAGAGUUGUAAGAUGGUUGAAUACAAUAGUUAAAGAAAAAGAAUUUAAUUACGGACCGUUUCGAAUAAUAAGGAUACCAUCGAUACACAAGCAAUCAUUUUUGCCCUAUUUACCACGUUCUCGAGCAUUUAAGAGUAGCAUAACGGAAACCCUGAACUUUGUUAGGGACAUCAUAGAGGAUUUAUUGACAAAACGUGCCAUUGUAUAUACGGUAGACAAUUCAGCAGUUGCCAGAGACUUUCCGUCGAGUUUGAUGUUAGUGGACGAAGAUGAACUCGCACAGAUGAAAGAUAAGGAAGAAGAGGGUGACUGGCGAAUUUUUAAGAAAAAGAAAUCCAUCAUCUUUCCAAUUCUUAUAAUAUUAAAUUUAAUAAAAUUAAAGUUAUUGCUAUUACCGAUUAUUUUAGGAGUUCACUUUAUCAAAAAGAUUCUCGUAUUUGGAUCAAUACUUUUGUCAUCGAUAUUAACGCAUUUAAAAGUUUGCACAGUACAAAAUCAAUCUCAACAACAAUCGCAUCCUAUUCAAUUUAUUUCCACUGCAGUGGAAUCAAGUGACUAUCCAACGGGAUAUGGACAAGACGACUGGCACAGAAACGAUUACCAAUUGGGUUAUACGAAUUAUCAGUUGAUUCGCAAUCCUUACGGUUGAAAAUGUUGCAAACUCUCACUGAUCACUAGCGAAAACUUCGUAUAAUUCUUUAUUUUGGAUAUGAUCCAAAGUGUGGCACAGAGUGAGCGAAUCGAUAUUAAGAUACGCGAGAAUGCGAAUAUGUGAUUAAAUUGAAUUUGUUUUAAUCUGUCUAAUCACGAUAAUUGCGUAAUCUUCUGUAAAAUCGUUGAGUAGCGAUUACGGUGAAUUGGUAUGCAAAUGAGUUCCAAUUAACAUUGUCAACGCUUAUCUCUUGGCUCCGUUCGUUUGCCGCCUAUCCUAUAGGUAAAGACCACACAUUUGCAAAAUGACUUUCACAUAGCUUACCGUUAUUUGUGAGGCACAUAUUGAUAUAUUUCCAGUCUUUGAGACUUUGUGGACUUUGAGAAAGGACUCGGUGUUAGCGAUACAUCCGUCUUUUCUUGAAACCGCACAUUAAUAGGGGACGCGUGAAAGAGGAGAGAGACAUAAAAGAGAGAGAUAAAACGCCUAUCUUAAAUGAUAAAAAAUGAGCAACGGUUUGCGCAUUUACAAAGUGCAAAGCGUCUGUUGACCCCCGACACGAAGCGUCGCGUUUGACUUGUGUUUCUGCAUGGAAGCAGGACUUUUCAAGAUGAGAAUCGACAGGUCGCCAGGCACUUGGAUGAAAGACAGAAGAAUGAUUCGUGGUCAAGGUCACGCAACGCCCGGAUAUUCGGUCGAGUGCGAUGGCUCCUCCGACUGACCUACUGACAGAUUUGGAAGAGCGCCCGGUUUCUGGCUCAAACACAAGCUGGUUCGUGCGUGCCUCACUAUGCAUAUAUAUAUACCUUGAUCGGCGUGUGUAUGUAUAUAUACACGCGUGUAUGACCCGUGCUCGGUUCGAUCGAAGACCGUUAUCGCCUUACAGACGACGCACGGAUCGUAUCUGUCGUCGGUACAGAUUUUAGACUUUUCACGAUGUUGUUACAUACGAUAUAUAUAUUUUUUGCGCUCUCACUCUUUCCUUUUCCCGAUUAACUCUCCUUUACCCACCGUUUAGCGAUAGGAUUACAAUUAACUUUGAAUUAUUAUAUCCUCUCAUAUUGGAUAUCUUCCAACACGCAGCCUCAAAAUCACUCAGACUGAGACCGAUCUUUGCGUUUUGUAAACAAAAUCAUGUUCUUCUUUAAUAUCAUUGUAGCCUUGAAUUUUUAAUUAUACGAAGAGGUACUCUAUGAGGCUGUUAUAAAGCUUGUUAUAAGUUAUUGUAAGACGACGAGAAAAAAAGUGAGAACUCGUGAACUUGCUGCUUCAUGAGCGACAGAUUGUUAAUGAUGUUCGCGAGCCUCGUGAAACGCGGUAGAGGAAACGCGAUUCGGAAGCAACACAUUGCGCAUCGCUACGGAUACCCGAUCGAUACGCGACGUGCACUCGUCCGCAGCAACUCGACCGUUACGUUCUUACGUUAUAUGCGAGCGAAAAAGUCGCAUUAACGUAACGGACCAUCGUCCAUGUCACGGCGCUCGACUUACGCAUCCGUAUGUACGUCGAACGUAUUGCUAGUAUAUUGUACAAUUCAUGUAUAUGCGCGAUUCAUAUACAACGCAGAGGUAGACGGAUGAUCCGCCUGAACGGUAUGCGUUAAAUACCGGAGAUGUUCCUCAGGAUGUCGUAAGUGGAGUUCGCGGAAAGGAAAGGCGUGUCGGCAUGAACGAUUUAAUUGAAGGUUUAGCUUGAAUGAAUCUGCGUCUCCUUUUUGGAGGAAAUUGUUUUUGAGAUCGAUUAGAGAUUAUGUAUAUAGUAAAUGAGCAACUCUCCGGAUAAGAAUAUUCAGAUGAACUCUUAGCACCGUUUCAUAAUGUAUGAAAAUGCGAAUGCGCGCUUUCAGAUUUCGAUUCUCUGCUUGUAUGUGUUCAAAAAUGUCGCAAGAUCGAAUCUGAUGCGUUUUGUGUAUACGGAUUUAAUGUAAAUUGUAUAAUAUCUUGUUGAUAUUACAUCAAUUUGAUACUGUGUUUUUGUGUGAAUGGAUUUCAAUAAAAUCAGAGUAGGUACAGGAAUGGUUAAUCGGUGAUCGGUCUUGUAUUUUAAUUCUUAUUUUAUUUUUGUUUCUAUAUUUUUUUGGCAAUCUCUUUUAAUUGAAAACAA